UUUCCUUUCAGAGAGUGGUGGUGGUGGUGGUGGGCGUGGUAGGAGAGCAUGGCGAGGCUUAGUGGAGGUGGUGGUGGUGGUGGUGGUGUAGUGGUGAUGGCGGCAGUGGUCGGGGUUGCUGUGUGUAUCCUUUUACCCAAUGGAGGAGAGUGCGUUCGAGCGUUUUCCUUCCAGCCAACAAACAUGCCUAGCCCGAUCUCCCGCGCCUGGCUCUUCCUUCAACCUCCUUUGGGAACUGGAGGAGGCGCUACCCCAUCCUCCUCCCCCAUCAGUAGUCUUAGCGUGUGUCUAUGGCUGAAGGUCAACUUUUUCCGGGAGAAGACUUACGUGUUCUCUUAUGCAACGUCGGACAAGGACAACAACGAACUCAAUAUGUCAAUCAAGGAGACGAGCAUGUUCUUGGCGGUGGGGGCCAAGUACCUGUACGGGCUGCGCAAUGCCUCCUACGUGCCCGGCAUCUGGUACCACGUCUGCGCAACCGUCAACGACUCCUUCACCCUUUAUGUUGACGGCGAGGAGCAGCCCCCGACCGAUCUGAGCCAGAGUCCCCGCAGCAUCCUCCUCAACGGCUCCCUCGUGCUGGGUCAGGAGACGGACCUGGUCAACGGCGGAUUCCAGGAGCAACAGAGCUUUUCCGGCAUCAUCACGGGCUUCAACCUCUACAGCCGCGCACUGAGUAAGCCGGAGGUGCGCGCCCUGGCCACCUGCUCGGGGUCUGGCAGCGAGGGCGACCUUCUGGCGUGGUCACGGGCGGAGUGGACACUGGAAGGGGACGUGGAGGAGCUGGAGGUACAGGAGAAGGAGUACUGCGUCAGGAGGCGUAUCUUCACCGUGUUCCCGGAGCUGAGGGUGAACAAGGAGGCGCGGCAGUGGUGCGUCAAUCUCAAGAGCAUCAUGGCCGUGCCGCGCCACGCCGACGACAACGAGAGGCUCUACGGCGCGGCGCUGCCCUUCCUCGACCAGUGCCGCCCGCCCAACCACGCCAAGGGCUUCAUGUGGCUGGGAGCGACGGACGCGGGGGAGAACGGCGUGUGGACUGACUUGGAGGGCGUUCCUCUCAACUUCACGAGCUGGAGCGGAGAUUACGCGUCGUCGGUGAGGGAAUGCGCCACGUAUCUCAUCCCGCCGGACAACCUCAAGUGGAACCACGUGUCUUGCCGCAACACCUACAGGUUCUGCUGGGCGUGCGAGGGCGAGAUGCCGGCGAUGCUCAAGAUGCGGGGCCUGUGCGAGGAUCAGGACCCGAAGGCAUCGUGGUUUGUCCUGCAUCAGCGAGAGGGACAGAAGCCAUCCUUUAGAGGCUUCACCAAGUACGUCAUCGUGCCUGAGCGGGAUGGCGAGAGCGGGCGGGAGGACUCGUGGCAGCUGGUGAACCAAUGGAUCAACAAGACCGUGGCUGUGCAUCACGCCCACGACGUGUCCUACCCGCUGGGCACGAGGGAGUGGCGCCUUGUGACGGACUACGACGUGUGCGGCGAGGAGAAAGACACACCACACCUGCUCUCCCUCUCCGCCUGCCACGACACCGAGUUCACCUGUGGGGAUGGCACCUGUGUUCCCCUGAGCCAAAGGUGCGAUCUGCGUGUCAACUGCCCCGACAACACGGACGAGAUUGGAUGCGAGAAACUCCAGCUGCCGGAAGACUACCUCGCUUCCCUCACCCCCGCCGGCGUCGACCCUGGCCCCCUCACCCUCAACCUUUCCCUGGACAUUCUUGGCUUCUCGGAGAUCAACCUCCGGGACCUGAAGCUCACAGUGGACCUCGCCACGAGCCUCUCCUGGUACGACCAACGCCUCCAGUACCGUAACCUCAAGGCCAUCCAGGAGAUCAACCACAUCCCGACGUCGGAGGUGUGGACGCCCAAGGUGGAGUACGUAAACGCAGACUUCCCCCGCAUCUCCACCACCACACCAAUCCUCAAUGUACGAAAGGAGACGGAACCCGAACCAGACGACCCCUCUGCGCCCCUGCACGCCACCUUUUCCCCGACAGAUGAGGUCUACCUGGGGCGAAGCAACCCUCUACGCCUGAACCAGAAGGUGAACGCGCCCUUCACUUGUAACAUGAACCUGCGGAACUUUCCCUUCGAUACCCAACACUGUACGCUUCUCCUCCGCCUCACCUCGGCUCGCAGCGACUUUCUCACCUGGGGACACCUGAAUGUUUCCUACCUGGGCGAGACGCUGCUGACGGAGUACGAGAUCGGCACGGUGCUGGCGGCUAAGCGGGAGGAGGACAGGUACAGCGUCGCGGUGAUCCAGGUGACAUUCUACCGGCGAUUCUGGUUCUAUGUCACCUCCGCGUACCUGCCCACCAUCAUGCUCAUGCUCAUCAGCUACGCCUCGCUCUUCUGCAAGCGUGAGAACAGCGAUCUACGCGUUAUGAUGUCCCUCACGACGCUCCUGGUGCUGUACGCGCUCUACCAGCAGAUAUCGGAUGGGCUACCGCGGACCUCAUAUACUAAGGCCGUCGAUGUCUGGUGCUUUUUUGCCAUCACGCUUAUCUUCACGAAGGUCAUCUUCCACGUGCUGAUCGACGUGGUGGGCAAGAUUCAGCUGCGUCGGAAGCGGCAGGUGAUGGAGAGCGGCGGCCUCAGCAUGUGGACCGCGGUGGAGGAGAAGGCGCCGCAGGAGGGGGCCGACCGCCUCCUGCUGUGGGCGCGGGGCUGUUACGCGGCGGUGGUGCUGAUCUUCGUGGUGGUGUACUGGGCGGUGGUGCUGACCAAUAUGGACUACUGAGAGGGACGCUAACACCACUCAUACACCCCUUCGCUACACCACCACAAGAUACAACACCUCCAGACUUCACCAUUUCAAUACCAAUAUGGACCACUGAGAGGGACGCUAACACCAUCCAUACACCCCUUCGCUACACCACCACAAGAUACAACACCUCCAGACUUCACCAUUUCAGUACCAAUAUGGAGCAUGGAAGAGCCGAUAACACCACUCAUACACCCCUUCAGUACACCACCAGAAGCUACACCAUCACACCAUCCAACACUUCAUUAGACCGUCACAGGCUAUACCACUUCACGACAGACCACACCACUUCAGUAAACUACCACACCGCUACACCACAGAUAUUGUUCUUUACACCGCCCCAACACCAGUUCAUUAGACCAUCACAUGAUAUACCACAUCAGUACUUCACCACUUCAGUACACCACGUCAUAUGAUAUCUAUACCACCUAAUCGCUAAGCCACGACUUUCCUCCCCAAACAUGAAGCUUCGAAGUCCAGUGGUUAGCAUAGAUACACAAUGCUAUAAGGAGACUACAAAAGGCAAGAGGUUCUCCACGAUGCAGCUCCUGAGGCCGUAUACACAAGGCAGCUCCUGAUAUGACGGGUGUUGUGUCCCUCCUACCGAGUGUGUGUGUGUGUGUGUGUGUGAGAUGUGUGCCCAGCGAUCCGUCACAUCUUACAGUAGUCGGAGAGGGUACUGUCUGGCGAUCAAGAGCCUAUUACGUGAUCAGGCUAUAGUGAAUUAUGCCCCUUCCCAUUUCAGAGCCAUAGAUGCGCCGACACCCCAACCAGCAACCCCUCCCCUUAUACACACACCAGCACCCCCCCCCACACACACACCACCUAAAUAUAUAUUGUUACGACCGUUUCAAAUUCCCAACACGCAACACGGCGAAAGUUUAGUUACAACACGACACACACACACACACACACACACACACACACACACACAUAUGCCAAACCCCUUCUCUUGUGAUUUAGUCUUAGCAAUUAUUCUCAUCAUUAAUGUUAAGAUAGACCUACUUAUGAUAUAGCUGGAAUACUCCCAAAGAUUGCACGAUAAUAUAUAGAGUACAUUUAUUUUUCUUCUCAAUGUAUAAAAAAAAAGUAGUCAAAUAAAUGGAUGAAUAUA